AUGUCCGAAUCCUCGGGCGUCUCCCCCGCCGCUCCUGCGGUGGCAUACACCACCGACCCGAAACACAGCGACGACAAGUCGUCCGCGCACAAGGUCGCCAUCGGCGAGGUAGACCACACGGUGCACCUCGAGCGCCGGUUCGGCUUCUGGAGCUGUCUCGGCAUGGCGUUCAUCAUGCUCAACUCGUGGACUGCGAUUCUCGGCGUCGUCCUCCCCUCCGGCGGCGCAGUCUCCGUCGUGUGGGGCUGCCUGACCUCUGCGUUCGGCGCAAUGAUGACGGUGCUCUCGCUGGCCGAGGUGUGCCAUAUUUACCCGACCACGGGCGGGCAGUACGACUGGACUUACAUGAUCGCGCCCAAGUCGCUCAAGACGCCGCUGUCGUACCUCGUCGCGUGGUCCGCCUGCGCUGGAUGGGUGACGCUGACCGCCACCGCCUCUGCGUUCUGCGGCACGUUCGUGACGACCAUCGUCGCGCUCUGGCACCCCGACUUCGAGAUGAAGAACUACCAGACCUUCCUGAUCUACAUCCUCUUCCCGAUCGCCGCCUUCUGCCUCAACACGUUCGGCGUCAAGAUCCUGCCGGCCGUCGAGCGCUCGGGCUUCUACUGGGGCAUCAGCGGCAUCGUCGUCGUCAGUAUUGUUUGUCUGGCCACUGCGAGCCCCAACUUCCGGCCGGCGAAGGAGGUGUUCACGGAGUUUACCAACGUCACGGGUUGGCCCGACGGCAUGGCCUUCCUCAUCGGCCUGCUCCAGUCCACCGUCGGCCUGUCGGGCUACGACGCAAUCACGCACAUGAUGGAGGAGAUGCCCACGCCGAGCCGCUAUGCCCCCCGGGUGAUGAUCAUGGCUGUCGGCCUGGGCGCGACGACAUCGUGGUUCUUCCUCGUCAUCCUGCUCUUCUGCAUCAAGGACAUUGACGCGGUGAUCGCUGCGCCUGCUGGGCCACUGCUCGAGAUUUACUACCAGGCGACGAACUCUGCCGCGGGGUCCACCUGCCUCGUCAUGUUCAACUUCCUCGCAAUGGUCUACGCGACCCAAGGCAUCAUGACCAUCGCCUCGCGCAUGGUCUUCACCUUCAGCCGCGACCACGGCUUUGGCCGCCUCUCGCCGCUCCUCGCGCCAGUGCACCCCAAGCUCAUGGUGCCCGUCUGGUGCCUCGUGUUCGUGUGCGUCGCCGACUGCAUCCUCGGGUUCAUCUACCUCGGCUCAUCGAUCGCGUUCAACGCCAUUGCCGCGAGCUCCAUGUUCUUCCUCCAGCUGUCGUACAUCAUCCCGAUCGCCAUCGUGCUCGUCCGCGGCGAGGAAAUCUUCGCCAACCAGCCCCGAAGGUGGUCGCUAGGCGGCUUCCGCCGUAUCAUCAACGCCUGCUCGCUCAUCUUCCUGACCACCACGUCGGUCAUCUUUCUCUUCCCGCCCGCGCUGCCGGUCGACGGCGCGACGAUGAACUACGUCUGUGUCGUCAUCGGCGUAGUGGGCAUCAUGAGCGCCGUCGUGUGGCUCAUGGACGGCCGCAAGCACUUUGUCGGCCCGACUGAGCUUGCCGAGCGGCUCGAGGUCGGCCGCCGCUCGAGCGAGGACGUCGGCGUGCCCGGGUCGUAA